AUACAUGCACAUGCUACAUUGCUGUCUCAACACCCCCACUCUUUACCCGUACCAAUUAUUUCUAAUCCCUCAUUCUUACUGUUUGUUUCUUCUUUAGAUCUCUUUUUUUUAAUCUUAUUCAUCAUCGUCCACUUUUUUACAUACACACUCCAAGGCCUAAGCUUUACUUGUAGAGUUUUGUAGCUUAUUCUUGAAAUUCAGGGGAAUUGACACACACCCAUAUAUUUGUUUUGUGUUUUAGUGUGAUUUGUUGAGAGAUCUGGGUUUUUGUGAGGAUUAUUAUGGUGAGCUCAGAUGAGAGGGUUGUGGCUGUGAUCAUGGUGGGUGGCCCAACUAAAGGGACUAGAUUUCGGCCAUUGUCGCUGAAUCUUGCGAAGCCACUCUUUCCAUUGGCAGGGCAGCCAAUGGUUCAUCAUCCAAUUUCUGCUUGUAAAAGGAUUCCAAACCUUGCACAGAUCUAUCUUGUUGGUUUUUAUGAAGAACGGGAAUUUGCCUUGUAUGUCUCCUCAAUCUCGAAUGAGCUGAAAGUGCCUGUUAGAUACUUGAAGGAGGACAAGCCACAUGGUUCAGCUGGCGGACUUUAUAAAUUCAGAGAUCUACUUAUGGAAGACGACCCGUCACACAUUUUCCUGCUGAAUUGCGAUGUUUGUUGCAGUUUUCCACUCCCAGAGAUGCUUGAGGCCCAUAAAAGAUACGGUGGGAUUGGAACAAUCCUAGUAAUCAAGGUUUCCCCGGAGACAGCCAAUGAGUUCGGAGAGUUGGUGGCUGACUCUACAACUAAUGAAUUGUUGCAUUAUACGGAGAAGCCAGAAACAUUUGUGAGUGAUCGAAUAAAUUGUGGUGUUUAUGUAUUUACACCAGAUAUAUUCACUGCCAUUCAAAAUGUUUCUUCACAAAGAAAAGAAAGAGCUAAUCUCAGACGUUUGUCCAGCUUUGAAGCUCUGCAGUCAGCAACAAGGAGCCUUCCAGCAGAUUUUUUCAGAUUAGAUCAAGAUAUUCUAGAACCUCUAGCAGGGAAAAAACAGUUGUAUACUUAUGAAACAUUGGACUUUUGGGAACAGAUCAAAACUCCCAGUAUGUCGUUGAAAUGCUCAGCCUUGUAUCUAAACCAAUUCCGACAUAACUCACCCCAUCUUUUGGCAAGUGGAGAUGGUACAAAAAGUGCCACCAUUGUUGGUGAUGUUUAUGUGCAUCCAUCAGCAAAAAUUCAUCCAAGUGCUAAGAUUGGUCCCAAUGUCUCAGUUUCUGCCAAUGCACGGAUAGGAGCUGGUGCCAGGCUUGUAAGUUGUAUCAUUCUGGAUGAUGUGGAGAUUAAGGAAAAUGCAGUUGUUAUUCAUGCAAUUGUUGGGUGGAAAUCUGCUGUAGGGAGGUGGUCUCGUGUCCAGGGAGGAGGAGAUUAUAAAGCGAAGCUUGGAAUUACAAUACUUGGUGAAGCCGUAAAUGUUGAGGAUGAAGUCGUCGUGGUCAAUAGCGUUGUUCUUCCAAACAAAACCCUUAACGUUAGUGUUCAAGAAGAAAUAAUAUUGUAACUGGGAAAUUCCAUUGUAUCUACCCGGCCUUCAUUCGUUUAUUUAUUUGUAAAAAUCUAGUACACUGUUCUUAUGUACUAUCAAACACAGCAUAUAUAUUGUUGCAACAUGUUCUGGGGUUUACCCUACUGUAUUACCACAUUUUUUGGUUAAUAAAAUGCUUCUUCUUCAUUCCAA